AUGUCAAACAAAGUAUCAUUACAAUCAGAUAAGUUUUCAAAAUCAAGAGCUUUAAAUGCUACUAUAUUAACUUUAAUUACAAUUACUUUUGGAUUUAUACUAAUUUAUCAUCUUAUAUGGAGUGUAAAAGUAGUGUAUUAUCAACCAUUUGGAAAUAUCUUAAAUAAUAUAGUUUACGGACCUGGAACUUUGCUUUUAAAUUUUGGAUUAACUACAAAAUUAAUAAAAUGGGCAAAUUCAAAACUUCUAGAAGAUAAAAUAGAAGAAGACUACAAAAAAUACAUAUAG